CUGUCUCUGUGAUUCCACGCUUAAUUCCUUCUUUAAACUGAUAGUUUGUAUUCAUUUUCCGUGAUUUUGCAUUUCAUCAACAAUGUACCGCUAUAGCAUAUUACUGUCUGCCCUGUUUUGCCUUCUGAACUCCGAACCAGUUCAGGGGUACUUUUCCGAGGAGCGUUGGAGUCCAGAAUCUCCUUUACUAGCACCAAGAGUUCUUAUUGCACUCAUCUGUCGUAAUUCUGAGCACUCGUUACCAUACUUUCUCGGAGCCAUCGAGCGUCUGAAUUAUCCUAAGGACCGUAUUGCUUUGUGGGUGGCAACCGACCACAAUGUGGACAACACCACGUAUGUGUUACGGGACUGGCUCAUCAACGUUCAAAAACUUUACCACUACGUGGAGUGGAGGCCUCAAACAGAACCCAGACAAUAUGAAGGAGAAAGUGGUCCCAAGCACUGGACAAACCUGCGGUAUGCAUAUAUCAUGAAAUUGCGGCAGGCAGCGCUGGAGUCUGCUCGAGAGAUGUGGGCUGACUACUUCAUGUUGGUUGACUGUGAUAAUCUUCUGACCAAUCCGAACGUUUUGUGGAAGCUGAUAAGGGAGAACAAAACCAUUGUGGCACCGAUGAUGGAGUCUCGUGCAGCCUACUCGAACUUCUGGUGUGGAAUGACUUCUCAGGGUUAUUAUAAGCGAACCCCUGCCUACAUACCCAUAAGAAAACAAGUCCGAAAGGGUUGCUUUGCUGUUCCCAUGGUACACUCCACCUUCCUGAUGGACCUGCGCAAGGAGGCAUCCAGGCAGCUGGCUUUCCAUCCUCCACACCCAGACUAUGGCUGGGCAUUUGAUGACAUCAUUGUCUUUGCCUUUUCUGCAAGAAUGGCAGAUGUGCAGAUGUUCCUCUGUAACAGAGAAACGUAUGGAUUUUUCCCUGUGCCGUUACGAGCUCACAACACUCUGAGGGAUGAGAAGGACAGCUUCAUACACACUGUAUUAGAAGUCAAUGUGCGGAACCCCCCAGUGGAGCCUUCCAGAUACCUUCCCGCCCCCAUUCGGCAACCAGACAAGUUGGGCUUCGAUGAGGUGUUCAUGAUAAACCUGGAGCGGCGGACUGACCGUCGGGAGCGCAUGCUAAGGGCACUGCGCGAGCAGGAGAUUGACUGUAAGAUCAUCGCUGCUGUCGACGGCAAGGCAAUGAAUAUAACCGAGAUCCACGCAAUGGGGAUCCACAUGCUCCCUGGCUACAGUGACCCCUACCACGGCCGACCUCUGACACGGGGUGAGCUGGGGUGUUUCCUCUCCCACUACAAUAUCUGGAAAGAGGUUGUAGAUCGAGGCCUGAAAACCUCGCUGGUAAUUGAAGAUGAUUUGCGGUUUGAAAUUUUUUUCAAACGACGCCUCCAGAAUCUAAUGAGCGAGGUGGAGACGGAGGGUCUGGACUGGGACCUCAUUUAUAUUGGAAGGAAGAGAAUGCAGGUCGAGCACCCAGAGAAAGCGGUGCCCAACAUUCACAACCUGGUGGAGGCCGACUACUCCUACUGGACCCUGGGGUAUAUGAUUUCGUUACAGGGAGCCCAAAAGCUCCUCAAAGCAGAACCACUAAAAAGAAUGUUACCAGUGGACGAGUUUCUGCCCAUUAUGUUCAAUAAGCAUCCUGUCACAGACUAUAUGGAACAGUUUGAGACCAGGGACCUGAAGGCCUUUUCAGCAGAGCCUUUGCUGGUGUUUCCAACUCACUACACAGGCGAACCAGGAUACAUCAGUGACACGGAGACCUCCACGGUCUGGGACAAUGAGAAAGUCCGUACAGAUUGGGAUAGGGCCCGGUCCAGGAAGACCCACGAACAAGCGAAGAUUAGCUCUGAGGCACAAAACUCGGACGUGCUCCAGUCGCCUUUGGACAGUUCGGCACGUGAUGAGCUAUAA